AUGAAACUGAUAAGUUUUGAUCGAGUUUCUCAUUGUACUUAUUUGGGACGACUUCCACUAAGCAGCAAUGCGUGUCAUAAUCAGUGGUCUACCAUCGAGGGGUGGGAUAAUGCCAGGUUAACUAAGUCUAGACAGGGGAAUUCGAGAGGCGGGGAUCGGGUUGGAACUACGAACCUUCCGGUUGGAAUGAAACUGAUAAGUUUUGAUCGAGUUUCUCAUUGUACUUAUUUGGGACGACUUCCACUAAGCAGCAAUGCGUGUCAUAAUCAGUGGUCUACCAUCGAGGGGUGGGAUAAUGCCAGGUUAACUAAGUCUAGACAGGGGAAUUCGAGAGGCGGGGAUCGGGUUGGAACUACGAACCUUCCGGUUGGUAAGAUCGCGCCCUAA